GAGCAUUGAUUUGCAUCAUCUUCCCCCUCCCAACCUUCUUGAAAGCUCCCUGCCAACUCCAACCCACUCAUUUCCUUCUCUUUCUGUCUUCCUUUUCAUCUAAGCCUUGAAAAGCUCACACUUCAUGAUUCCUCAGCGACAACCAUAACUUCACAAGCUCAACAAGCCUGAAGAAAUACUCUUCAAAAUCGAGUUCCUGAACUAGUCUCAGUUUCGUAUUCAUGGGCUGCUCAGCCUCAAGACCCAUGACCAUAGUCACAAAAAACGCUGAGGAUCACUCUUCUUCUCUGGCUUCGUCUUCUUCGGCUUCACAUUCAUCCAAUUCUUCUUCACCACCUGUUCCCAGAACUCUUUCUCUUCCAAUGCCUCUUGUUCAUCAUCCUCCGACUAGAAAAGGCGACACCCACCACCUCGUAUCCCUCACCUCCACCACCUAUGGUUCUCUUAUUUUAAAUGACCGAUCCGACCUUGGAAACCCUAGCUUCAACUCCGAUGAUGAUGGUCGUGUUCGGUCUAAAUCUCCGACCCAUCUCACCAACGCGUCUUCUCAAAACAGAACGAAUCAGUUAGAGGCUGAGCAGUCAUUGUCCCCUGACUCCGUUAUCAACACUUGGGAACUCAUGGAUGGCCUCAAUGAUGAUGAUUGCGAUGACACUGCCAAGCCUCAAGCUUCGAUUUUUCACCGUCCCGUGUGUACUACGGACAAACCCAGUUCGUGCAGGUACACUACGUUUGAUGGGUCUGCCAGGAAAGUACUGCUUGAAUCGUUUGAAGCACAGAAAUACUCUUCGUCAGAAGUUGUUACCAAAAACUCGUCCCCCUCGUCGGCGAAGAAGCCGCUCUGGCAAUACCUAUCGGAGGAAGCCUUGCUCUCUAAAUUAGAUCCAAAUGUGGCUUGGAGCUAUCGGCGAGCUCUCUCAUCGAGGCAAUUAGGUAGCAACGUUCCCAGAAAUGUCCGGUCAUUGGGGUCUAGCCCUUUGAGUUCUUCGUUUUCUCACAAUUAUUGUCGUUCACUAUCGGGCACUGAAGAGAGAAUAGUGGUUUAUUUUACGAGUUUAAGAGGAAUCCGCAAGACUUACGAAGAUUGCUGUUCAGUGAGAGCGAUACUACGAGGAUUCAGAGUUGCCGUAGACGAGAGGGACAUCUCUAUGGACUCAUCUUACAGAAAAGAAUUGCAGAAUGCUCUUAAAGGAAAAUCAAUGGCCUUACCCCAGAUCUUUAUAAGGGGAAAACAUGUAGGAGGCGCAGAGGAAAUCAAGCAACUCAAUGAAUCUGGAGAAUUGGCGAAACUCUUGAAAGGUUUUCCUAUUCAGGAUCCAGGGUUUGUGUGCGAGACCUGUGGAGAUGCCCGAUUUGUGCCAUGCCCAAAUUGCAGUGGUAGUAGAAAAGUGUUUAAAGAAGAAGAAGGACAAUUGAGAAGAUGCCCUCAUUGCAAUGAGAAUGGCUUGAUUAGGUGUCCAGGCUGCUCCUGCUCAUAAUUGCGGCUUACGGGUAACAGUCUGUGAUCCAUAUCUUGGUUUGCUCAAUUUGUACUGAUGAGAGUUCUAAGAACUACAUGAAUCAUUAUACUUAUUAAAUAUGAAUGCCCGUAGUUCCUUCA